UUGACAUAGCAACCAAACGACAGAGACACCCAGUGUGGGUUUUUUCACUACGUAUUAAGUUUGUUUUAAUUUCUCUUCUACGUUUUAACAACUAAAACGUUAUUCAAGACCGCUGCCAUGAAUGCGGCAGUGGUGAAAAAGACCCAGGAGACGCUGGGUAAAGUGAUAAAGAAACCGCCUCUCACGGAAAAACUGCUAAGCAAGCCUCCGUUUCGAUACCUGCACGACAUCUUCAGUGAGGUAAUCAGGACCACUGGUUUUAUGAAAGGACUGUAUGGAGAGAACGAGAUGAAAUCAGAUAAUGUAAAGGAAAAGGACUCUAAGAUAAUCUUCCUCCAGAAAGCGAUAGAUGUCGUGAUGCUGGUUAGUGGCGAGCCCCUCGCGGCCAAACCAGCACGCAUUGUGGCCGGCCAUGAGCCUGAGAAAACUAAUGAGCUGCUGCAGGCCAUGGCCAAGUGCUGCCUCAACAAGAUGUCUAGUGACGAUGUGGUGAAGCGAGUGCUGUCAGGAGAAAAGUUGGACCUGAAGACCAAGGCCAGCACGUCCAGGUCCCAGGACAAGGAGAAUAGGGAAGGACGUGAACGUCACCAGGAUAGAGAGGAGAAGAAAAAGACUAUUGAGCGCAGCGGGAGCCGAGACCAGAAGGACCCAGACCAACCCAAAGAGCAGGAGAGCCGACGCAGAGACGGGGAGAAAGAGCACCACCACGACAGGGAGCGCUCGGACAAGCACCACCGCAGCGAACAAGACCACGGCAAAGAAAAAGACAAGAGUCGGGACCGGGAGCGCGACAGGGAUAAAGACAAAGGACGAGCAAAAGACAGGGACAGGGAGAAGGAUAGAGAGCGGGAUCGAGAAAGGGAAAAAGAUAAGGAGAGAGACAAAGACAGAGAAAAAACUAGAGAUAGAGAUUCUCACAGAGACCGGGAAAGAGACAAGGACAAACGAAGAGAAAAAGACAAAGAGCGGGGCAAAGAGAGAGAGCGACAAAAAGAGGGAGACGAGAGGAACAGAGGUGGAAAUAGCAAGGCCAGAUCAGCAGAGGAACCACAGCAAAAACCUGAUCCCGAAGAGUCCAACAGAAGAGCCAAACCUGUGCCAGCGCCUGCAGAGGCAGUUGAGAGCCAGUCCAACAGUCCAGCUAGAAUACCGCGGCCUUCAUCUGCCAAAGGGCAAAGGCGGAGACCAAAAAUUGGAGGUCAAGAUGAGUCUGACAGUGAUGGAGAUGGAGAUGCUCAGUUAGCCCAGAGACCUGUCCCCCUGGAAAAUGGAGAAGCUGGAGACUCCUUGGUGCCAUCCGACAUGGCCUCCAGCAACAGGCGGAUAGCACGGCCCAGCAGUGCUCGCCCGGCACCUCCACGAGUCAAGAGGCAGGAGAGUUACUCCGAUGUGGCCCCAACUGAGAGACUGUCUAGUGCCAAGCCCUCCGCACCAGUCAUCAUGGACGGGAAGAAGCUGUCCGAAGACGAGGAGGAUGAAGAUGAGCAAUUUCUCGUGGAGGAGGCAGUCCCUCCACCCUCAGAUGCUCCUGAGAUGGAGAUGGCACCUGCACAAGAACUCAACAGUGAAGAGAAACACGGUGGCCUAGUGAAAAAGAUCCUUGAGACCAAGAAAGACUAUGAAGUGUCACCAUCCUCCCCCAAAUCUAAAGAGCAGAACUUGGUGUCUGAAGCAGCGCGGAAGAAAGAGCGGGACCUGGUGACGCGAGAGAUAGAGCGGCUCCGUUCAUCCAUCCAGACGGUUUGUCGCAGCACUCUGCCUCUGGGUAAGAUCAUGGACUAUAUCCAGGAGGAUAUGGACGCCAUGCAAGCUGAACUGCACACCUGGCGGCGGGAGAACAAGGAACACGCACAGGCCUUGCUGCAGGAGCAGAGAGCGACAGACCGAGCGGUGGAGCCUCUCAAAGCAGAACUAGCUGAACUGGAUCAGCUGAUCAACGACCAGCAGGAUAAGAUUUGUGCCGUGAGGUCCAACAUACUGAAGAAUGAAGAAAAGAUCCAGAAGAUGGUAACUGGAAUCAACUUCUCCUCCAGAACCUGAAGUGAGAAACAAACAAAAUCUUUUCUAUAAAUGCACUGAAGAUGAAGUGUUGAAGUUCUUGUUCAGAAUAAUACAGUAAGACCAUUUUUCAUGGUGAUGAUGAUGUGGGCUGGAGCAGCUCUGCACUUUCAGGGGGUUUUGUGAGAACAGGAGAUGGACCCAGAUAUAUACGUUACACUACCAAACGGGGAAAUAAGCAUCAUCAGUCAGAUGUUGGAAAAUAAGAGCUUCCAUACGAUGGUCUGGAAGUGUAGCUCUGAUGAGGUGGAAAGUGCAAAGUGAAGUUAGAGAUGUGUCGACUGCUGUAACCGACAUAAAUAGACAAAUAAAUAAAAAUAUCCUCCUGCACUGCACACUAACCAAACCCCGUCUUUUACCCCCUUUUCUAUAAUGGUGCCUUUAUGAAAUGAGUCAGUGCACAACUCAUGACUUGGAAGUUGUAUUUAAUUACACAGUCAGUUCAUCUAAAGCCUGACACAUUCCUUAAUGAACAAUAAUUAACAUGAAUGUUGGGACCAAGUUGUUGCUUUUUAGAGUGUGGCACACCUUUUCUCUUUCUCGUUAUAUUUCCUGCUUGUGAGAACUUCAAAUUUUUCCGCUGCACAGAACAUGCAGUUUGGAGUAGUGAGCAGGCCACUCCAAUAAAACUAAUAAAACAUUCAUAAAAUAUUCUUGUGGCACAUUCAGCUGGUUGAACACAGGAGUGAAAGUCCAAAUAAAUUUUCUAGGUCUUGACUGAAGAAAUAAACAUGAUUUUAUAUAUAAACAGGAUUUUCGGGGUCCUGGUGGCCUAGUUGACUGACAUAUCGAUGUUAUACCACUGUGGUAGGUUUGAAUUUGUUUUGGGAUCUUUUUCAUGAUCUUCCACAACUUUUUCUCUUUUAAGCUUCUUCUCCCCAACGUAACUUUUGUCUAUUUUUCAGCAAUACUUAAAGUUUAUCUGUGUGUUUCAUUCACUGUUUCCACUUUAGAAGCACCGCUGCACUUUGAUAAGUGUGAUUAGGAGAAGUACCUUUGCAUGUAAAAAAAAAAAAAGAAAAGCUUUUUGGCAACAAGGAAGUGUUAGAUUUUAUUUUCUUCUUUCUCUUAUACUCAUAAAAACAUAACAUAGACAGACUAAUGUACUUUCAGGGAAUUCUUGUUAAGUAAGCAUACAGGUUAGCCAGCAUCGAUAUGUACUGCAGGAUUUGCCAAACUGUACUUUUUUUGUAAUGCAUACACAAUGUUUGGGCAGGUUGAAACUUUUUGUGUGACUGUGAACUUUAAAUUCAUUUAAAAGUAGAGUCAGUG